CAGCAGCGCAAUAGUUAACCCGCCGGGGAGUUUCCUCUGCUGGGAAGUUGCACUUUAUGUACAGCACCUGUUGUGCCGACUGUUGGCAGUGUGCGCAUACCGGACCGCGGCCGAGCAGCGACACUUUAUCUCCUCCAAGUUAUUGCUCAAGACCCGCGCAGGACAACAGAGGCCGUCUCGGCGUUGCGGGUGCUUUCGGGGUGCAGACAGUAUCAGGUUGCUGAACUCUCUCGCCGUCUCUGCUCGAGCUGUUUUGCUGUAAUGCGUAAAGAUCGACCCGGAUUUAUCCAGACGGAGUCAGGAACGCACCGCGGACGCGCGCUUUAGCCAAAAUGCAUCUUCGCCUUUUCAAAAUGAUCUCGUGCUGUAGAUGAUAUGCCCACAUAUGGACGAAUGACAAACUAAACCCAGGAUUAGUGUGACCGACUCUUCACAGUACCAACAGGUGCGCACCGCGCGUUAGUGGCGACUUCUGCGGGCUUUGGAUGCGGAUUUGUCUUGAUUUAGGGAGAUAUAACUUUCACUUUUUUCCCAGAAGGACUGAUAAAGAUUAUGUGGAUUCUACUCUGCCUUUACCCUCUCCAAAUGUGUCCGAAACAGCACUGGUGUCCCGUAAACGACGCACGUGCGUGGUGAUACAAACCAUCCUGUCAACAGCGCUUUGUGAUCGCCAACCACUCAUCCAAAUGAUCCUUCCAUUCAUAUUCCUCCUUGCAUCGCUUCUCCAACAAUAUGGCACGGAAGCUGAAUCAAGUCACGUCAGCAAGUUUCAGCCCCCAAGUGUAAAAGAGCAAAACGGAGUGCAAGAUUCCCAUCAGGAGAAGAUCAUUACAGUGUCCGGAGAGGGAAUGCUCCAGAGCCCAGGCUUCCCACUAACUUACCCCAGGAAUACUGCGUUGGUCUGGAGACUAGUGGCGACCAACAAUAUGAGGAUCCAGCUCACCUUCGAUGAGCGGUUUGGUCUGGAGGACCCAGAAGAUGGCACAUGCAAGUACGACUUUGUGGAGAUAGAGGACCCGACCGAGAGCGGCGUCCUGGGUCGCUGGUGCGGCUCGCAGUCGCCACCAGCUAGUCACUCGUCUAAAGGCAGUCAGAUCAGGAUCCGCUUCGUCUCCGACGAGUACUUCCCGUCCGAGCCGGGCUUCUGCAUCCGCUACUCCCUUCUCCCCGCGAGCGUAUCGGAAAUCAAAGUGCCUGCAGUUCCCCCCCAGUCCCAGCAGGGCCUGGAGGAGGUGUCGGAGGCUGUGGCGAGCCUGGGCACCGUGGAGGAGGUCAUGAAGUACCUGGAGCCCGAGCGAUGGCAACUGGAUAUGGAGGAGUUGUACAAGCCUACGUGGCAUUUGCUGGGAAAAUCCUUCAUCCACAAUAAGAAAGCAAGAGGAGGAGCUGAUCUCAACCUGCUGAGGGAGGAAGUCCAGCUGUACAGCUGCACUCCACGCAACUUCUCCGUGUCCUUGCGUGAGGAGCUGAAGAGGACCGAUGCCAUUUUCUGGCCGAGCUGCCUCCUGGUGAAACGCUGCGGUGGAAACUGCGCCUGCUGCUCUCACCGCUGCUACGACUGCCAGUGCGUUCCCAGCAGGGUGACCAAGAAGUACCAUGAGGUUUUGCAGCUGAAACACCGAAGUGGUGGCAGAAGCUUGCAGAAGACCAUGACUGAUGUGCCCUUGGAGCAUCACGAGGAGUGUGCCUGUGUGUGCAAAGAUGACUCGGACUGACCUCAGACAAGCCUGAGACCUGCCGCUGGAAUCACACAGGAUGUGAGAAAUGAACGUCUGACCGCUGCUGCGGCGUUCUAGUGUCUCGUCCACUUCGGAGGCAAAGUCGAUUGCCCCGUUAUCCUGUUGUCCUAAUUGAAUUGGAUGAAGCAGAACAGACUGGGAUCUAAUCAAUCUUCUGAAUGGUGUGGAUAGGAACAGUGUUCUCACAGAGCAUUUUGGAAAGACAGAAAAGAACUGGAGCAGAUCUGGACUAUGACCCAUGUGCUCUGAAGACUAUUUCCCUCCCAGAAAGGUACUUGUGCCUCUCCGUUAAGCCGGUGAGGUCUGCAAAUGGGAGCCUCUUCGUUCAAGUACUUUGUUACUUUGAAAGGCUCCAGGUGACGUUCUCCCUCUGCUCCUCUAAUAUUACCACGAAAGGCGCAGAAAGGAGCUUUUUCAUCAGCAGCUUUCCUUUGCUCCCCUCUUGUGUCAUUACAGAAUCUGCAGCCACGUUAAUGCUGAAAUGUCUUGCUAGUGAGAUUGUGUCAUGUGUGAAUAUUUCAUCUACAUUUUCCUUCUGUACCGUAACGCGUUUUCUACCAAAGAUUCUCAAAGAGAAGAUAAAAAGGUGCACACGUACAAUCAGUUGGAUGUCGGCCAUCACAACCAGUCGUUAUAUGUCAAAUCUCUUCAGGAAAAAGCCUAAAGUCAAGCAGUUCUCGCUGUGUUUAUAGCCAAUAUUUAUUUGUUUAAUGAAAAGGGAAACGUAGGUCCGAUCCUCUUCUUUGUUAUACGCCUCCAGUUUUCUAUCCUAGUUAUUUUACACUGCCGUUAAGUCAUGGAUGUUUUAUCAUUUCUUUGUAUGCCAACGUUAUUUAUCUCUUCCUUUGCAAUAACUGUUUGUGUGUAUCAUUGUACUGGACAUCAAAAAUAAAUGCUUCCAUUUUUAAUUGGUACAGUACUUAAACUCA